AUGGCCGAUAAAGCAGACACCACGACUGGUUUCACGCCGGUUCUUGCGGCGUUGGCGACUAUGCAGAGCAAUGUUGCUGGGAAAGAAAAGUCAGAUGCACAUGAAUUCCUGGAGAAAUUUCAGAAAUCGUCUGAGGCUUGGAAUACCACGCAUGAGAUGUUACGGGACUCUUCAGCUCCGGUCGAGGCAAAAUUAUUCGCAGCGACUACACUGAAGGGAAAGAUUACCUAUGAUCUCCACCAACUCCCUCCCAGUGCCCUCACGCCCCUUCGAGAUUCACUUCUAUCUCUGCUUCAACUCUAUAUAUCCGGCCCGCGACCAAUCCGAACACAAUUAUGUGUAUGCCUUGCGAGUUUGGCAAUUCAGUUGACAUCAUGGAAAGACGUCUUGAGCACAGUGGGAUCGGCAGUGGGUACCAGUCAGGAUGGCGGAGAUGGUCUACUCGACUUCCUGCGAAUCCUACCGGAAGAGGUCACAGAAGGCCGCAAGAUCAACCUUUCAGAAGAGGAACUUGCCGACAGGACCAAGGAACUCCUUGAGGAUAACUCCACUCAGGUUUUAAAUCUUUUGGUCUCGUACGCGAGGUCGUCAUCUCAAGCGGCCCACAACCCUCGGUUAUAUUCAUGCAUAGCAUCAUGGCUUCGAGAAAUCCCAACCCUCGACGUUGUGAACUCGCCAUUGCUCGACGACAUCAUUGAAGCUCUUGACGACAAUGAUUCUUUUGAAUCUGCAGUGGAUUGCCUUUGCACCAUGUUUAGAGACACUCGAGAUGUCGAUGAAUCGCUCAGCGUGAUUCGGAUCCUCUACCCCAGAAUUGUCAAUCUGAGGCCCAUGAUUCAACAGGGAGCUGAUAUGGAAGAUCCAGAUCUCAUGAAAGGCAUCACCAGACUCUUUUCAGAAGCUGGAGAGGCUUGGGUGGUUCUGAUUGCGCGUAUGCCCGCGGAAUUUCGAGAGCUUGUUGAAUGCGUCCUGGAAUGUUGUGUGCGCGAUCGAGACCGAGAAGCGAUUUCGGUCACCUUUGUCUUCUGGUACGAACUCAAGCAGUCUCUGACCCUUGAGAAAUACAUGCCUGCUCGAGCCGCUCUUGCGGACUUGUAUUCGAAACUGGUCGAUGUCAUGAUCAAACACCUUGAGUUUCCCACUCCGGAAGAUGGCAAUGAAAAAGAUCUGUUCGAUGGCGACCGAGAACAAGAGGACAAAUUCCGCAGCUUCCGACACAACAUGGGCGACGUUUUGAAGGACUGCUGUGAUGUUAUUGGUGUCACUCCAUGCCUCAGCAAAGCUUUUGCUCUGAUACAAAGCUGGGGCCAGAAAUAUGCUUCCCAAGUAUCAGGCACCAGCGUGCCUCAUUGGCAAGAACUGGAAGCACCUCUUUUUAGCUUGAGGGCGAUGGGACGCAUGGUUAGCCCGGAAGAAACCUCGGUCCUUCCCCAAGUUAUCCCACUCCUUACCACUGUUCCCGACCAUGAAAAGUUGAAGUUUCAGGCCAUUAUGGCACUGGCCCGUUACACGGAAUGGACGGCCCAGCACCCUGAAACGCUUGAAGCACAGCUCAACUACGUCAUAUCCGGAUUCAGCCAUAGCUCUCAAGAAGUCGUGCAAGCAGCAGCUUUAGCUUUCAGAUUUUUGGGCACGGAUUGCCAGAAGCUGCUUGGUGACCAUAUUCCACAGCUUCAUCAGUUCUACGAAAGUGUCAUUGACAAGCUUAAACCUUCCAGUCAAGAAGAGGUCACUGAAGGAGUUGCGGCAGUUGUGGCUGUUCAACCUGUCCCACAGACGUAUGAAACCUUGAAAAUGUUCUGUGACCCUGUCAUGAACAGAGUGGUUUCAUUUGCCUCGCAUGCAAAGGAUGAGAAUGCUGAAAAGACCGUUGCUGAUUAUCUCGGACUGGUAACGAUCUUUUUUGACUGGGUGCAACCUUACGUCUCUCCCUCCGAAGAAAAUCCCGCUGUCAAAUAUUGUCAAGAAAUACUGCCCGCCCUCUCUGGGAUUGCCAAACACUUUACUCGAUCGAUACCGAUAUUAGAGAGAGUUUGCAAGUGCUGGCGCGUCAUGGUUAUUUCUUACCGGACUGCCAUUGCUCCUCUUCUGGGAACUCUCGCGACGAGCAUUGCCGAGGGGUUCGAGGCGUCACGACAGGGAUGUUUUCUGUGGGCCACCGAUGCAGUGAUUCGAGAAUUCUCAUACGGUGCGGAAUUCGUCGAUGUAACGACCAGCGACAAUGUUUUCCGAUUCUUUGCUCAACAGGCCACUGUGUUCUUCAAAAUUUUGACGGAAAUACAACCGGUCGAGCUUCCUGACGUGAUUGAGGAUUUUUUCCGCCUCGCGUCAGAUGCUGUCCGAUUCUAUCCCAACAAAACCAUCACUUCGAAUCUCGCCCUCCCCAUGGUUCAAGCGUCCUUGACGGCUCUUACAUUACAAUCAUUAGACCCAAUUCAAGCAGCGUUGCACUUCCUGAGAGAUUUUCUCGAUUUUGGCUUUGAAAAGCCACCGAUCUCGAAUUUCAACGGGCCAAAUGGUGAACCUGCUUCUGGAAGUCCGCCAGAAGUUCAAGCCGCCGUCAAGCAAGUCCUGACAUCCACGGGGCAACAGCUGGUACAUCGGGUUUUGACAGGAAUGAUGUUCAGCUUCCCCGAGGAUUGUUUCCCAGAUGCCUCGGGUGUUUUACUUUCUUUGUUCAAUUUGGUACCCCAGGCCGCAGCUGAAUGGGUUCAAGGAACGCUUCAGCUUCUCCCGGCCGGCACCAUGAAACCAGCCGAGGCCAAUAAGUUGAUGAAAAAUAUCAGUGACAAAUUACAACAAAAUGAGCCACGUAAGGUGCGUGUCUUGCUCCAAGACUUCACCAAUUCGUAUCGAAGGAGAAACGUCGCCCCGCGCGAAGGAUUAGGAAGACUGGAGGCGACCAGAUUUAGAUUCAGCGGCUGA